UUGUUGAGGCAUUGAAAUUUCGGUGGUUUAGGUCAAGCCAUAAGCAGCUAUCAUAUAAGGAAUAAAACACAGUCCUUGAGUGUUGCCAUCGGCAUCGAGGAUGAAUGCAGCCACCGCUGUUUUGCUGCUCUGUUGUUUCUUUCAAGCUACUCAACAGUUGCAGUGGCAACGAUUAGCAGAGGAUAAUAAAAAUAAAAGUCCAGGAGGAAGACGUGACUGUGCUCUUGGCUACGAUGGUAAAGAGGAUAUAAUGUUUGUCUUUGGUGGAAGACAUGAAAAGACGAUUUACGAUGACACCUGGUACUAUGAUUUCAAAAGCAAUAAAUGGGACAUGGUGAAUACUACUAUAAGACCUCAAAAACGCUUCACAAUGGCAUUUGGUGUUUGGAACAGAACAAUGUUAAUUUCAACAGGUGAAGGACCAGGAAAGGUGUUUUAUAAUGAUGUAUGGAGUUUUGACUUCAGGACGUGGUUAUGGAAAAAGUUACCCCAAGGAUCCAAUCCACCAGAGAAAAGAUAUGGGGUUGCUGGUGGUAUAUAUCCCGGCGAAAGUCUCCUGUGGAUGACCCAUGGCUUUGCAGAUAUACGAUACUCCAAUUCUUUUACCUACGACCUCUUGUAUCAAAGAACCAAAUGGAUUGAAGAGUUUACUGGAACAAACUCGUAUAAUCCAAAGUACCCACAUGCUCGUUGUGUUCAUGGGGCGACCCCUGUUACCCCUGAUCAUCUUGUCAUUUACGGUGGAUGUCUCGGUGGCGGUGAUACUGGGGGACCAUGUCCUUCUUCAGAUAGUUGGUUGUUCAAUCGAGUCGAUAAAAAAUGGAAGAGAUUGGAGGAAUGUUUCUCCCCUCGCAUGUUUCCCGCCAUGGCCCCACUGCCCAUGGGAAGCAAAACUAGUCUGAGACAUCGUGCGGUGUUGUAUGGAGGGGGACAAAAAAGAGCUGUCAAAGAUACAGACGCAUAUAGCGUUGUCUGGGUGGACGAAGCUCCAAUGGAUGAGAUCGGAGUGUUUACUCUGCACAUGGAGAAUAAUCAAGACAACGACCCCAGCACAAAAUGGGAACGAAGACGAGCGAGAGCGGUGAAUGGGAGCUACCCUACAUGGAGGGUAGGUCAUAGUUUUUUGACAGCGAAGGAAAAAGGAGGAGUACUUAUGUUUGGCGGUGGUGAUAGUGAUGAGAUUUGGUUAUUACGGGGAGAUGUCGAUAGUGUCGACGAAUCAGAGAUAAUUGGAGAUGGUUGUUCGUCUAAAUAUUGGAGUCUUAUUCAUUUCCACGGUCUGUUUAUGUUUUUGGGCUGGGGCUUGUUCCUGGUUGCCGGUGUGUUUGUCGCAAAAUAUUUCAGGCACAAAGAUCCACUGUGGUUUCAUCUUCAUCGGAUAUUUCAGGUGGUUGGUCUCCUAUUUACCAUAGGAGGUUUUAUAUGUGGUGUGAUGUCCGUACCAUCUGAACAUUUCCAAUUUGCACAUGGUGCUAUUGGUCUGCUUGUCUUUUUGAUUGGCUUACUGCAAGCACUCAAUGGAGCUUUACGUCCUCACAAACAGGAAGGCGAUGAUCAAACAAUCAGGCGCAGAAUCUGGGAAUUCUGUCAUAAGUUUCUUGGUCGUUCAUCCUUAAUUCUUGCACAGGUUAACAUUUCUCUUGGAAUGUUCUUAGCUGUGGUUCCCACGGUCGUUUUUGCAGUAUGGUUUGCUUACCUUGGUUUCUGGGUGCUGCUGUUUGUAUUAAUGGGCAUCUGGAAGUCCAGAAGAGAAUGUGGGAAAGGCAUUAAACCUGUUGUAUCGAGUGGAAACUAUGAGAUGAAUCCGAAAUAAUAGGUUGUUUUUUUACGUGGGUUAAUUAUGGUUAAACUCUGCAAGAAAUGCCAUAAUAGUAUUUUUAGUCUUCUAUAUUUAGCAGUAUUAUUUGACAAUCUAGUUUGAUAAAACAAAUUCAACCAUUUUAUAUAUAUAUUGCAAGCCAUGCUGUCUCAUACAGUAAUAAAUUGUCAUUUCCAGUUGA